GCUUGUGCACUUCAAACAUGCAUUUCGGCAAACACGUACUCUCCGGAGAAAUGCGACGCACAUCUCAAAAGGCUCUAUCAAUGCUGCUCCAAACUAUAUCAAGACCGUGCGGAGAGUAACGGCACAGAACGUGGCAGUGGUUCCGAUCAAGAAAACAUAUCGACAGCGUGUCCAAUGCAAAAGGUAGUUGAGCGCUGGCUAAAGAGUCAUCCAUGA